AAAAAAAAAGACAAAAAACAGUUAACCUGUCAUAAUGCACGACAACAUGCCGCACGCAUGACGCAUACUGUCCAAGUACACAGGCAUGACGCGUAGAUUGUGCUCAAAUCGGGCUGAUGAUAACCAAUCACGUUGGAGAAUUUUGUUGAUGUCUAUGGAUCUGGGCAAGAAACAGAAGUCGAAAGAGAACCAGACGGAAAAAGACGAAUGGAUUGGAACUAGAGCCGGGACACGAGAAAGCAAGCGUGAAGAAACACGCGCAGCCACGAGCGAGAUACACUCACGGGACACUCUGCGGCUUCCAGACAUUUGUCAAACCACUACAGGCGGGACAUACUACCAACUAAUCCCUCCAAAACAGAAGCCACUGCACCAAUGGCGCGAUUUGAAGAACCGCAUAAGGCAUGACUACAACCUCGUACCCCUCCCUUACAAGAACGUGCACAUCGUGAACAGAUAGCUCUUGAGACAGCUGUUUAAUGAAUUUUAAAAAUUCGUGUGUCGGAAGUCAUCCAUAAGUUUAAAGCGAGUUUCAGUAGGGUGUUGAAACAAAUCUGGGUUUACUUUAAAUUUCCUUACCUCGUUUUACAAUUGGCCCAAAGAAUACGCACUGUCCUCUCAACAAAUCGUAUUCAAAACUAAGACAAAUUGCUACCUGGUCAGCGAAGUUUCCCGCGUUAUGAAACCUUUUUUGGUUUUGACCUUUGCAUUUUCACUGGCUUCUUGUGACAUUUUUCUUUCCCCUGAUUGGCUUUAGCUGUGGUAAGUGACACUCGAUCAAAUGCAUUAGCUUUGCUUUACUUCGGUUGGUGAUUGGUCUAGAAAACUCGCCUUGCGGUCUCGACCAAUCAGAUGAACAACUAGUACGAGUCACGACUUACCCCCUCGCAUUUUCACGCGCUUCAUAUUGUGUGCUUAUUUUACUUCGAGCUCUCGCUGGCUGCUCGGGUGCCAUGCUCAAUUCUGAGGUGUUUCAUCAGAAUGUGCUGUAAUAAAAUAGCUUUGAAAUACGAA